AUGUCAAGUUUGCCAAGCGAUGUCAAAAUCUUUUUCAACAGAUCGAUAGGACGCUACUUGGUUACGCCUGCCUUUCCCACGAAAAUUCAUGGCCAUGGCAUUCUCCUUUCCCUGUUGCGUACUCUGCUGAGCCACGAGGCCGAGAAACCACGACAAACAAACUUCGUACCCUUUUUAUCAGCCUACAAUGUCCUCAUCCUCUACCGCCUUGACUGGAUCGAAGAGGAUUAUAGACCAAAGUCUUCUUUGCAGAGCUCCCUAAGUCUAGUACCCUCCGGAUGUGCAACAACCCAUCUCAAAAAUCCCAUCGAAAUUUAUUACGCUUGCACCAAUGUCAGGCCUCAAAGUAGUCGCUCUCGUCGCUGCUAUUCUGUGGCAAAUGUAGAUUUCUCGUCGCUCCUCAGCACGUCCAACCGCUCAAGACUCGACUCCAUGUCUGCGUUAUCACAACGACAUCAACGCUUCAACACUGCUGCGCCCCUAGACCAAAGAACCCUCAACCUCAUAGCCUCCGCGAAACCGCCCAGCUUCUGUCCGGGCGCCAUUGCCCUCCAGAAAAACGACGCAUUGUUGGUUGGCAUGGGCUGGACAUUUCACCCUGUGGCACCAAGGUCAAAGCAUGGAAGCCGGAAGGAGGGCGGCCGCCCAGCUGGGCGAAAGCGUGUCGCAGCAUGCAUCUUGCCUUUUCGUACAAAGCACACGUGCACUCUACUGUGAGCGAGCGGCAGAGAUACGGUAAAUUCCACUGUCUGCGGUUCUGCACCAUCUGCUGGGACAAACUGGGUGUGGCGUCAGUGAAGAUGGACAAGGAUGAAUGGCUGCGACAUGUUGAUCAGCAUUUUUCGUCUGGGGAGUUUCAGAUGUGUAAGGGGCGGGAUGGGAAGCAGCAGAGAAGGUCGAUGUGUGCGGAUGCUUGCUGUGAAAAUAUCCAUGCUGGUGUGCAGUGAGAUGGUGGGAUCUAAUAGGUAAGAACUAGACUGACAGGUAAGCAAGUCAUCAGACUCGAUUGUAUGGCUAGAAGGGG